UUCCCCAAGAAGAAGCAGAGGCGAGCAGCCGAGCACACCACCACCUCCUCCUCCUCUCGUGCAGAUCUUGCCAAUGGCGGUGACCCACCCGGAGGGAGAACCUGCGGCGGGGGGAGAGCAGCCAGUCGUGGAGGGCGCGGCGGCGGUAGAUGCGGAGGAGAAGGAGGCGGCGGAAGGGGAAGGGGAGGAGGAGGAGGAUGAGGAGGGGGAGUGCGGGUUCUGCUUGUACAUGAAGGGCGGGGGCUGCAGGGACGCUUUCGUGGCGUGGGAGGAGUGCGUGGAGGCGGCGCGGGGGAGCUCCGACAUGGUGGAGCGCUGCUUCGAGGCCACCGCCAGCCUCAGGAGGUGCAUGGACGCGCACGCCGACUACUACGGUCCCGUGCUCCGCGCCGAGCAGGCCGUCAACGACCACGCCGACGCCGCCAUCGCCGACGAGGACAAGCAAGCCGAGCCGCCGCCGCCGGCCUCCACCGGUGAGAAUAAGGUAGAUGCGGUGGUCCAGGAGGCCGCGCCCGCCGCCGGUGAGAAGAAACAAGAGGUUGAUGACAGGUCGGCUGCUUCCUCCGUGGCCGCCAUUGAUGAGAGAAAGGAGGAAGAAGUGGUGACUGAAAAAUCCGAUUCUUGAGUAACUAAUACUAAUUGAUACUAUUUGUUUGGUCACUUAUCGAGUUCAUAAUAUUAUUGUGCUGUUCGAUAUGAGCUACUAUAUUAUAGAUUCAUGGAGCUAAUUUUGGCCCCUUUGUGGGAGAAAUGAGCUAAUUUUGGUCCCUUUUGUGGGGAAAAUGGGCUAAUUUUGUUCCCCUUUGUGUGGGAAAUAAAGCUUUUUGCGGAAUAAUUGUUGGACGCGAAACGCGGUGUACCGAAGAAAUUUUGAUGCUUUUAUGUUAUUUGGUACCACCAGGAGGAGGACGCUUCCUGUUCUAGAUUAUUAUCUCUUCUUGCAUUCAUUUUAUAUUGAUGGGUAGUUCCUAU